AUGGCCUAAACAAAUUCUAAUUCAACAAGUUUCAAUAUCUAAAUAAUACCAUAUAUUGGAACUAAAUUAAUUAAUUAACAUUUCAAAUAAUAAAAGUUAUAUAUAUAUAACUUUCAGAAAAUUGAUUAUACUAAAUCUUUAUUAGGAUUAAGUUUAAAAUGCCAAUAGAAUAAAGUGAUUUAAUGUUUACAUGAUCAUUACAGAUUUAUAAUAGAACAAUCAUAAUAGAAGUCGAGAUUGAUUGCUAUCUAAAAGAUAAAGGUUGAAAAAUAUGGUUGCCGAACAUACUUUAUAAAUGAUAAUGUUCUUCAAAUUCUUGCGAGAUCAGAAAGAAUAAAUAUAUGUUAAUGA